ACGUUUGAUUCACAAGUUGGUUGUUGUUUUCAGUGAGUGUGUUGUCGAGUUUUUGGGUUUUCAUCAAUCAAUUUGAAAGUUUAAUUUUUUUUGGGUAACAUUAUCAAUUGUAAUAAUGGCCAAUCGAUUAUCACCAUAUUUUGGUAAUUAUCCAGCUGAAUAUAAUCGUGCCAUUCAUGGCCCAUAUGUUCCCACACGUUAUUAUGGUCCACGCGAUACACCAUUAUCCGAGGUUAAAGUGAAUGAAAUGGUUAGCUGGUUGAAUCGUCGUAAUGUACAUCCGUUUGCAAUGUGGCAAGCAAUGGGUCGGGCAUAUUAUCGUUUCACACAUCGUUUUGUUGAACCACGAUAUGCAUCGCCGGUUCGUUUCUUUUUCCAAGUGAUCACCAUGUCAUCAAUCUUUUUCUACAUGUUGAAUUAUCCGAAAAAUUUACGCCAUCAUAAACAGGCUAAAUAUCAUUGGUAGAUUUAAAACGAAACCAACAAUCUCAUUGCUUAUGGAUUAGAAAAAAAAAAAACA